AUGGAAACAUACGAGAGAAGUACAAGUAAUCAUACAGCUCGCCCCGGCAGACGACGUGCCUCUCUAGCAUGCGACACCUGCCGACGACAGAAGGAAAAAUGCGAAGGCGGGCCUCCAUGCUGGAGAUGCCAACGACUGGGCCGACCGUGUACAGUCCGCGGUAGUGUCCUGUCAAGGAGAUAUUCCGCUGGUGUUCACAGCCAGGAGAACACGUCGCGAGUAGAGGGCUUGGAACGGAUCGUGCGCCACUUCCUGGGAAACGUGUCGCUGGACGAGGAAAAUGUCGGUCGCAUUGUCGCGAGACUUGGAGGGGCUUCACAAGGGGAUGCGCCGAACGUGGACGAGCCGUUCGAUGUGCAGUUUGUGUCGAGGGAUAUCGCGCACUACUCGGGGGAGUUUUCGCACUGGAAUUUCUCGCAGAAGCUGAGACGGAAGAUCGGCCAGAUCGAGAGGUUCAGGGUCAAGGAGUACUGGCGCCCAACGCAGCUCCAGUCCUCCAUCCACCUCGUCUCCCAAGCAAUGAACCACCUGCCUCCGCGACCAAUCACCGAGUUCCUCAUUAGCAUGUUCUUCAAAUAUGCCGCCGUGAACGUCUUCUACAUGGAGCGAUCCUGGAUCCAGGAGCGGGUUGAGCGCUGCUAUGCCGCAUCGACAGAAUACACCCUGAGCGAUAUCCCCUGGGUAUGCUCGCUCUUUGCGGUCCUCGCAGUCGGAACACAAGUCGCGCAUAUGGAAGAGGGUCAAGAGGAUAAUGAAGACCUGAAUCUGUGCUCAGAGGACUCGGUUGGGCUCUCGUUGUACCAUAUCGCAUGCCGCCUGGUGCCUGAUGUGCUCCUGGUCGCGUCCCACGAGAGCGUACAGGCUUUUCUCCUGCUUGCACUCUACGCACUGCCCCUGUCUACCGGGGGCCUGUCUUACUCGUAUCUGGGGAUUGCAGUCAAGAUGGCUAUCCAGAAUGGAAUGCAUCGGAAAUACGUAGGCGAGUGCGAUCCCAGGAUUAUUGAAACGCGGAAUCGAGUCUUUUGGACCGCAUGCACGUUGGAUAAGAGAAUAAGUAUCUUCCAUGGCCGCCCAGAAUCCAUAGCAAAGUCAGAUAUCAGCACCGAUCUCCCAUCCGAUGCGCCGUCCUUUUCGUCGCCCAACUACGUUAAUAUGAUGGCCUAUAUCAAGCUGAGCUCGUGGUUGGGAGAAGUAUCAGAGACACUUACUCUGCUUCGAAACUGCCCGAAGCGCUUCAUAUCCGAGUACCUCGACCGUCUUAUCGAACUCCGAACACAUCUAGGGCAGUGGUGGGAUUCGCUCCCUUCGACCAUCGAAUGUCGUGAUACGACGCCAGAAAGUCCGUUGUUCCGCCAGAAUUCACACCUGAAGAUGACAUACCUGCUGAUCUAUGUCUACAUGGGCCGCCCAUUCAUGUUCGCCAGCGACUGGACAGACUCUCCGGUAGAAGAGCAUGUAGACAGUGACCCUAGAGUAGUUCUAGUCCAGGGCUGCGUGAAAAGCGCCCUCGAGAUUCUGGAUACUCUCCAGUGCUUAUCAACCAAUACAGGUCUCUGUCGGGCGUCCUAUACAGAGUUCAGCUCGUGUCGCGCUGCACUCCUCGUCAUACUCGCAGAACGACUCAACUCGCGCAAGCUGCACCGCUUCCAGGACGAGCUGAGCAGGGGAAUGACCAUGAUCCGGCGCAUGACGGGGGGUAGCUCCUCAGAGUCUGAGAUCUCCUAUCUCCAGUCACUGGAUGCCGCGAUUCGGCAGUCCUCUCUAGCUGUGAACGAGGCUGGGCGUAAUGGACAUACUCCCCAGAAUGAGCCCUCUGCGUACACUCAAUUCAAACACUGGACCAAUGCCAUGAAGCAGGAUACCUACCCGGGGGGCAUAACAGACCUAGAACUGUCAUCAUUCAGCCCGCUGUCAUUCCUAAACUCGGAACCUCGACUCGGAGAGGGAAGCGAGGUGCAGGAAUUGCUUAAUACAUGGCCGAGUGAUGGCUUUGCAUUGGACCCUAAUGUCUUUUCUCCCCUUCAGACUGGAUGA